GUUUUCGAACAGAGUGAGAACAGCUGAGAAAACCACGGCUCUGCUCUCAGGGCUGGUUCCUCUGCUGCUCAUGACGCCCGUGUUCAUCGAAGGAAACAUCAGCCGGUGUCAGAGUAACUUCAGUCGGCCGUACAGGUGUCUGCUGAUGGACACCGGAGCGCUGUACCUGACCUCGGAGCUCCAGCAGCCAAUCAGAGGCUGCCGCUCGCUGCACACCUACGCCAUGGCCGUCUUCCUCGUGACCUCCGUCUUCACGCUCCUCAGCAUCACGGUCUUCAUGGUGAAAGCGCGUCGCAUUUAUAGGCGGGUUGUGACGUCAGGCGGUUACCUUGGCAACGACCAGCGGACCUCUUUCCGUGUGAUGGACAGACGGACGCUGCUGUACCCACUGGUCUUCAUCCUCUGCUGGGGUCCAGCCGUGGCUCUGGCGUUCCUGCGGCUGGUGAAGCCGUCAGCGUGUCAGGGUGAAGCCGUGGUCGUCCUCUACGUCUCACAGACGUUCACCUCGGCCUCGCAGGGUUUCCUCAACUGUCUGGUCUACGGGUGGACACGCAGAAGCCUUCGCCGCGCCGGCAGGUCGAUGCUGUCUCAGGACGUGGACACUCAGACGCCUCUGCUGCCAUCACAGAAGAAGAAAAACUACCAGGCGCUGCCCAACGUCAGCUGAGACAGACAGAGAGGGACGGACAAACUGAGCUGUUCACCACAUCUGCAGUAAAGACACGACAGGAAAGUCUGAACUUUCACUUUCAACUGAGGGAAAACACCAGGGAAGUCCCCCCCCACGAGGACACGAGGCGUCCACCUGUGAUGUGGAACCUCUGAAGGGAGAAAGGGGAAGGGGGGGUUACGUCAAGAGGAAGAAAGACAGAAACAGGAUUUGAAAGAGACAGACGAACCUGACGGCCGCCUCGUUUAGUGGGUUUACUCCAGGUCAGGUGACACCUGCUGGUCAGCGUCGGUACAGCAACACGUCUCUUCAGUUUGUGAACAGAAGUUUUUAAUUCAUUUACAGAUGACGGAGAAAAGAACCACGUCGUGAAGACGUCCUCAGACGUCCUCAGACGUCCUCAGACGUCUCACAUCAACAUGAAGAAUUCUCUGAACCUCACACACUCAAACUCACGUCUGAUGCUGAAGUUUGACACAUUUAUUUUCAUCUCAAAACAUUUUUAAUCAAUAAUUUUCUGCUCUGCAGUGAUUCAAGCUUUUCAAAUUAAAAGUCUUCAGGGAAGUGAGGAGUUGGUUAAUAUUUACAUAUGACAGAAGGUUAGAGGUCACCGUGAAGA